UUCUUGUCUUCUCAAUUGAGAUGACAACUGAAUAUGAUGACGAGAAUUGUGGACAAUUAGUUAUAGCAACGGAUGAUGAACUUGUUGAUUGUCCUCCUGCGAGUCCCAAUGGAGAAUCAGAAUUUUCUUCAACAACUGAACCUUCACAAAAAUUAGAUGGGGAAAAAUCGAACGUGAAAGUUUCAGCACAUGUUGAUUCCUCCACUAGUCAGUCUCAGUCAGCAAUUCCCGAUUCUACUCAAAUCAGUUCAAUUGAGACUAAAAUGGAUGGCUCUAAUUUAGAAAUAGGAGAAAUUGACGGCAAAAAACAGGAACCUUCAAAAAACGUUUCUACUCGAAAUAAAAAACGUGAAAAGGUUUCUACUAAAAAUUUUGAUCAAAAACCUUUAAAUGCCGACAAACAUCAAAAUAAGACGAAUGAAGAAAAUACUUCCAAAAUUGAUGUAAAGCAUAAACCGCAUGGUGUCCACAAUUUUCUUAGCGGAACUUUGAAUAAAAAGACAAUGAUCGAUAAAUCGACAUGUGUUUUUACUAGGGCAAAUGGGACAUCUAAUGGUUUGGAAGAGCAUUUACUUUCGAUGCGACCUGGAACAAACGUAACAAUUGAUAUAACAAUAAUUUGCAAAUCUGGUGGAAAUACUUUGUAUAUUUGUGCAAAAUGGCGUGGACAGGAAUAUCAUGGGGUUUUAACUGACGGAGAGCCUUUAUUUUCUCAUCAUCAUUCUCAAAAAAGAAAUGCUAAUUCAAAUAGUAACAAAUCUCAUUUUGAUAAUGAUGGAAGUGGGCCUUCUCAUAGUAUGGCAGCAGAAGGAGAUCGUGCCAGUAGUAUUGGAGGAGUAAAACGAGGUGGUAAGCGUGGUGGUACUCAUUUAUCAAAGCCAUCGAUUGCCACAAGUGGUCCAGAAGAUAAACGAUUGAAGAAUAUUGCUGAUGAUACAGCUGGGCAACCAAAUCAUGCAAAUAAACAACUCGUUUCUUCAAAAAGUUGUUCAGAACCAACAACUCCCGGUCCAGUCUCUAGCGAGCAAAGCAGUUCUUCAUCCAAUGCAUUCUUUCCUCAUGCAGUCCCACACUCUCCUAUUGCCUCUACUUCUUCAAAUCCUUCAUCUUUUCACAAACAAAUUGCCAAACGUCGUCUUUCUUCAGCUUCCUCUUCUUCUCAAAAUACACAUCAUGGUCUAUACGAAGCCUCGAGAAGAUCAUUUCCUCAUCGAUGUCCACAUAAACAGUGUGGUUUUAGAUUUGGAGCUAUCCCCGACUUGAACACUCAUUUGCUGAUUGGUCAUCAAGAUUUUGAACGAACGAAAGCUGCAAUUCUUGAAUCAAGUGCAACUCAAACAAUUUCUCCUGAAAUGAAUUCAAUAGGAUGUGAUCCUCUUAAUAUUUCACAAAAUAAUGAAGAGUCUUCAUCUUCACACAUUCUUUGUUUUAAAUGUAAACAAUUAUUAACAAAAGAAGAAAAAGAAGCUUUUAAAAAUUGUCAAACAACUAAAAUUAUUCGUCCAAAUACUUUAACUAUCGAUGAACAAGAAGAAGAAGGGCCUUCAACUACAAAGAAACAACGUUUACAAAAAACAAAAGAAGCAGAAAAUGAUGAUUCUCCAGGGUUUUCUGAUAUUUCUGAUGAUGCGGCGCCGACUUUAGAAAAACAAGAACAAAUGUUUGACAAACAAAAUGAUGAUCAGCAAGCGAGUCAACAGAAUAAGAAUAAAAACGAAAUUCCCUUUACUAUUGCUGACAUUGCUUCUUCUUCCUUAACAACAUCACCUUUAUUUCUACAAAAAUUAGUUCCAGGUGAUGGUCAAUUAAUUGAUUCUGCUACUUUAUAUUUACAACAAUUGCAACAACAACAAGAACAAUUAAAAGGCGAAAAUGAAAACAAAAAUUUAUUAGAAGAAUCGAUAACUUCUUCAACAAAUGUUGGAAGAAUAUCAACAGAUUUAAAUAAUGAAAGAUCUCAACAACCACAACAACAAACAUUUAAUGAAACUUCUUUUCCUUUUUCUGUUUCAUCAAAUAUAGAUCCUUCUAAUCUUCAACCAGGGAUUUCUGCUACAAUGUUUGGACAACAAAAUCCGUUUGCCAUUUCUCAACUUCAGGCUUUUGUUGCCGCCAAUCAACAACAAUCAUCUGCUUCUCCAAAAUUCCUUAAUCCUUCAUCAUCGGGUUUAUUGUCUUUGGGUACUCCAAUGUCUUCUACUGCUACAAAAUUGGAUGCAAAUGCACAGAUUCAUCAUAAAAUCUACGAACUACAAGAGCAUGCAAAUACUUCUGGUCGAGGUGAACAAUUGGGAAAUGUUCAUAUUUCUGCGGCAUCACGUUCUUCAUCUACCAAACCUUUACAAUCACAAAUAGGUAGCACGGUUUCUCCGAUUCCAUCAAUGAGGCCAAAUUCGGCGAUUGCCAGUGGUGGUGUAAGUCAACAACAGAGAGGAUCUUCCCAAAACGAUCAAUCAAGCAUUUCACAAAAUUCACAACAACAUCAACAAAACUUGCAAAAACCUCAACAAUUAUCACAACAACAACAGCCAACACUCUUAAAUCCAUCUAAUCCUUUCUUUCUCCGUCCCCCUUCCAAUCCUGGUAUGGCCUUUCUGCCUUCAAAUCCAAGUUUUGCCCCGCCUUCUAUAACACCAAGUUCUGCAGCACCCCCAAAUAAUGCUGCUGCUCUUUUUGCGAUUCAGCAACAAAUGGCUAUGGCACAGCAGCAACAACAGGCAAUGAGAAGAAAUUCUAAUAAUAAUAAUGUUCCUCCAAUGCCAACAACGAGUGGGGGAAAUACAUUACUUCAACAACAGCAAAUACAACAACAACAAAUUCCAACAUCAAUGUUUGCUCAACCAUUUGGAGGGCAGAUGCAAGUCCCUCCAGGUUUAUUGGCAGCAGCCGCCUCUGGAAUGGAUUUUAACGUGUUACAACAAUAUGCUGCUUUAAUUAACCAAGCUAGUGGAAGUAGUGGUGGUGCACUUCCACAAUCAAAUAAUAAUUUGCCUCAUAUUCAACAACAAAAUCACAAUCAAAAAUAG